CGCCAUGCGGAAGCAGUACGAAGAGCAGAUUGCCCACAUCAAAAUGGAGCAUAUGACGCGCACGCAGCAGCUCGACCGGGAUCUGCGGGAAGCGCGCAGCGAGAACCUGCUGCUCAACGAGCGCUUCAAGACGUACGCGAUACUUUUAAACGGAUCAAAAAAACCAUCGACCAGUCGUCGAGCCGCCGCGGUGAUCCGUCCUUCAUGGCGAAACUACGCGAUCUGGAAGAGCGGGCCACACGCAGCCAGACCCUGGCCGAUAACUUCGAGCAGAUGUACAACCGGACAUUCUCAUCGGAAUCCCAAUUAAAGACCAGCUUGGAGGACCUCCAGCGCCGCUAUGAAGCGGAGACGGUGCGGGCGCACGAACAGCUGCAGAAGUUGACAGAGGAGAACGAGGAACUGCGGGCGGUCAAGGAGGAGCUGGAGGAGCGGCUGGGCGAGUGGACGCUGCGGAUGCUGCGCGGGGAAUACGAUCCCACGCGGACGGACGUCGUGGUGGUCGGGGAGAGUCCGUUGGAAGCGGCGCAGAAGGAGUUCUUGGCGGAGGCGGGGAAGGUGUUGGAGGAGAACAAACUGCUGCACGAGAAACUCAACCAGGUGAAGAUGGGCGGCGGAUACAGCGGGGAUGUAACGGUGAAUGCCGAAGAGUUCCUGCGCGGUCCCGGGGAACAGCUGGAAGAAUUGAAGAAGCAGUUGGAGAAAGCGGAAAAGCAGCGUAACCAGGACACGAGUUUCUUCAAGAAGUCCAUCCAGAGUUUCCGGCACGUGUGCCGCGACCUGCUGGGUUGGAACAUCCGCUACGACGGCAACAAGAUCGUCUUCCGCGUGGCUGACGCUCCGGCCAACGAGACCAUCGUCUUCGAGCGGGAGGACGAGAACAAGCCGUGGGAACUGCGCAGCAACGACUACACCACGGCCAACCAGGUCUUCGUCAACGAGUUCCUCACCAGCCACCAGAGUCCCCCGGGAUUCUUCGCCCGCAUCAUCCUCAAGAUCCUCUCCGAGCGCACUCUUAUUGUAUGGAUUCCCCCACUCCGUAAAGGCGUGGCUGUGAUUUUCUUCUUAUUUGAUAGAGCCAUUUCUGUAACAUUUUGUUGUUUGUUUUUCAUAAAUUCUUUAUCGGUCUGUAUGUCGUACUUUGCCGGGAAUGGUGAGUUAAACAUUCGUGUGAGCGUUUAG